AUCUCCCCUUUCAACUCUCCUGAAAUCGGAUUGCUUCGGGCACUGGGUAGUAUUUUUUUCCGAUAAAAUGGCGAAUGUAAACAAAGAAAACGAACCUUAUCUGUCAGACAUCGAAAUUGACAAGUUAAAUGUGUCACAAUUGAAAGAUUAUUUACGGUUUCACAAUCAGUAUGUGUCGGGGAAGAAGAAUGAACUUGUUUUAAGAGCUAAAGGUGUACAGAAGUUAGGCUUAAACGAUCUCCAGCAGGAACAAAGGAACGCGGAAGUGAAUUUUGAAAAAAGAAAAACUGAGAAACUUGUAACACCGCUCGGUGAGAAAUUACCGAAUCCAGAGACAUUAAAAACGUGGAGUAAUGAUCUAAUGGAAUUUCCUAACUUCAGUGAUGGAGAUAUUUACAAUUAUUUUGUAUUAAAAAUGAAAACAAAGAAACAGCUGAGAUCCAAAGUGUACUACGCAGAUAGACAUGUACAUAGCAUAUUGUACCAUGACAUUAACGAGAAAUGUGAACACUGCUUUGUCAAAUGUAAAGUUCUGCCAUCCUUGCCAAGUGCCAAUGUAAAAGACAAUCCAGAUCACAAUGUUUGGCUUUGCCUGUCAAAAGUUACUGGUCAGGUCCAUUCUGCAGAAUGUGAUUGUACAGCGGGGAGUGGGGAAGCAUGUAAUCACAUUGGAGCUCUGAUGUACGCCCUUGCUGACCUAACAGCAAAGAAGAAGGAUGGAACUCUGGCGUCGACUUCAAAAAAAUGUGUAUGGGGUCAGUUUAACAAUCCACGGAAAAGAAAACUUACUCCAAAAAAAUCUAGUGAAUUAACAUUUAGGAAAUAUACAUUUGAUUCUAAAUUGGAGGCGGUAGAAAAGAAAUCACGAAAAGAACUAUUCAUAAAUUCUGUAGAUGAGGACAGGUUUCGGUUAAGUCUUGAAAAGUGUAAUCCGGCUGCAGGCUGGCUUCUUAACUUUGUUGAGAGCAAAGCAGUGGAGGAGGUUCCCCAGUUUCUUGAUAUAACUUUUAACUUUAAGGAUAGUGUCGACCUAACAUGUGCUGAUGUACAGAAGACAAUCACCACAAAAUUUAAUGAAUUAAAAAUGAGUGAUGUAGACUGUAAGACAGUUGAAAGGUUAACACGAGGUCAAGGAAAAAACAUUUUGUGGGAAGAUGAAAGAAAAAUGAGAGUCACCGCAUCAAACUUUGGUGAGGUGAUGUCACUGAAAUCCGAGACACCUCGUGAAGGACCAAUAAAAAGAAUAAUGUAUUCUAACAUUACAAACAAAUAUGUGACAUGGGGGAUAAAGCAUGAGCCAGCGGCUAGAAGAAAAUACGAGAUGACGAUGAAAAAAACAUACCAAGACUUUAAAGUGUCAGAGUGUGGACUGUACGUGAAAGGAGACACUCCAUACCUUGGUGCAAGUCCUGACGGAAUCGUCACCUACAUUUCACAGGGCCAGAUGGAAACUGGUGUUCUGGAAAUUAAGUGUCCAGCAUCGGACAGAUGGAGAAAUCUGCACCCAACAGACUGUGCAAAAGAUCCAGAUUUCUGUUGUGUGUCGAACCCAGUAACUGGUUUGUGUCAUUUAAAGACCGGUCACAAGUAUUAUUACCAGGUUCAGGGCCAGAUGGCACUGACCGGCAUGAAAUGGUGCGAUUUUGUGAUCUGGACAUUAGGUGGCAUGUCGGUUGAAAGAAUAGAAUUCAAUGAGGAAUGUUGGUUGGGCAUGUUAGUUAAACUCAAGGACUUUUACCAGCAUGCUGUUUUACCUGAACUGUUCUCAAGAAGGGUACAACGUGGAUUGAAACUUUAUUAGGCUUAAGUCAGAAACUUGCCUAAUGAAUUGUGCAUGAACAAGUUAAAAACUAUAUUAGGAUCAGGACUUAUCAAUGAUCAAUAGAAAAUCUUCCAGUUUUCAGUGUUACCUCUUGAAAUUAUAAAUGUUGAAAUAUGAUAUCUCAUACAGUUGAUUCCCUUAGAUCUGUAAUUAUAAAUUGAAAAGAGAUACCAAGUCUAAAAUUACAUUUAUUCACUUUAAAGUAAUUGGUUUGUUGUCAGAAAUCAUUCCACCCCCACCCUGAGCCAGGCAAAACAUUUUUUAGCGGAAUAAUUUAAUACAUUUGUAAUUUAACCCUUAACCUGCUGGCGGCAAGUGAUUCUGCCUUUGCGACCUGUGCAGUCUGAUCAAGAUCUACACUGUUUACCAUUCAGUCAGUAUUUUUUUAGUAAGCACCCCUUUUAACAUUUAAUAAUACUGUCCAAAUUGAAAGAUGGACAAGUUCAUUACAGAAAUUUAACAGAGUAAGGGUUAAUUACUGGUACUGGUUUGACUGAAUAUUAUGUUCAAACAUAUAUAUUUUUUGAUAAUUAUUUAUAUAUAUAUUCAGCCUUUUACUAAUAAUUUUGUUUGUUAUUGACUGUGUAUAAAUCAUAAAAAUUUG